AUCAUUGAUCGAUCUCAGGAUCAUUGCCAAAACCCAGACAUGGCUUUGAAAGUUGAGAUUAGUCGCCGAGUAACAAUCAGACCACUUUCUCCGACUCCUGCCAACCGGAGAUUCCACAACCUCACCAUUCUAGACCAAACGACGCCGGCUGCCUACGUCCCAGUCUGCCUCUUCUACCUACCCCACGGCAAUAGUACUGCUAUUAUUGCCGACGCACUGAAGACUUCCCUCUCCCAAACCCUAGAGGCAUACUACCCGCUCGCCGGGCGGUACAAGGACGACGCCCUCACCGUCGAGUGCAACGACGAGGGUGUCGAAUUCGUGGAAGCCUGCGUCGUCGUCGUCGGAGGAGACAUGUCGGACGCUCUUCGGGAGCCCGACGGGGACAGGCUGUUGGCCUUGCUCCCUUGUCGGCCUCGUGAGAGGCAUGUUGACUCGGAGGGCAAGCUCGUCCUUUUAGCCGUCCAGCUCAAUUUUUUCGGGUGCGGGGGUGUAGCCAUUGGCAUCUGCAUGUGGCAUGGCGUGGCGGAUGCUUGCACCCUCGCUAGCUUCCUUCGAGCCUGGGCCACAAUAAACCUCGGGUGCGGUAGUCUAGUGGACGCAACGGGAUCAACGGCGCAACCAAUCACUGCAGGAUCAGUGGUUGUGGACUGCACUUCUAUUUUUCCGCCCACCAGGAUUGAUGCAACCCCGGCAAUCGAAAGCCCUAGCAAUAAUACACCACGCACGAAAAUCAAGAGGUUUGUGUUUCAAAGCUUUCAGAUUGCGGCUCUGAGAAGUGGGAUUCAGAGCUACUGGCAGCAACAACAACGGCCGACUAGGGUACAAGCGGUAUCUGCACUCAUUUGGUCGGUAGUAAUAAAGAUCGCCAUGGACAAGAAGAAAACAACUAUUAGCCAUGGAGAUGAACAAGAACUAAUUCACCGCUAUCAUGUAGGAAUGAUGGUAGUAAACUUGCGGCCGAGGAUGGACCCGCCUUUGCCAGAGCAAGUGAUGGGGAAUCUGGUCCACGUGCCAGUUUUCGCCAAGUGGCCGAUGAGUUAUCAUAACGAAGAGGUUGAAGAAACAACGGAAGCAGCGAACGAGCUGCGGGCUCAGCUGGCUGAGAAGCUGAGGGAGUCGGUUGGGAUGGUGAGGGACGAGGAGGUGAGGAAGAUAUUCGAAAGCAGCGACAACGAUGACGAUUGUGACAAGGGCUCUACAGGUCAUCGUGGAGGGUAUUCGGAUCUGUUCAAACGUUUUGUGGAGGAGCAUGGGAAGGGGAAUCUAGUGGCAUUCAGCAGCUGGUGCAGGUUCCCGUUCUACGAGACGGAUUUUGGAUGGGGGAGGCCGACAUGGGUGGGUUAUUUCAACAUGAUGGAUAACCUUGUGCUGCUCAUUGAUGGUAAGGAUGGGGAAGGUAUUGAAGCAUGGGUGAGUUUGAGUGAUGAAGACAUGUACAAAUUUCAGGACAAUUAUGGGAUUCUCCAAUACGCUGAUUUCAAAUCUUGAUGUUUUGGAAUGGCUAUUGGGAAGUGCAAUGGCGAAGGACAGAUGUGCAUGUUGAAUUCCAGAGGCUGUAGUCUCAUCGACUUUUUAAUAAUGUAGAUAAAAUUAC